AAUUAAUGAAAAUUAUAUUAGGGCUCUUAAUUGCAUCAUUAGUGUUAGUGAAAUGCACAGAUUAAACAAGUAAAAAUUGAAACAAGAAAAUAGGUUUUUUCGCUGAGUUAUUGGGAGAAAAUCUUCCUUAUUACACGGAAACUGAUUAUGUUAAUUUUCCUGAUCUUGGAUCUAUAUAUUAUCAUUUGAUAUUGAAGGAAGGAACAAAAAGUCUUGAUGACAUAAAAAAAGGUGAUGUGUUAGCAAUAUGGUUAAAUGGAGGUCCUGGAUCAUCAAGUUAACUUGGUAACUAUAUGGAAAUUGGUCCAUGGGUUAUAAAAAAAAACCCAGAUACAGAGGCAAAAGAAAAACCUUAUAUAGUUACAAAGAGAGUAAGAUAUAUAAAAAAUAUUAAAAGGAAUAUGCUUGGAAUAAGGUGAUGCAUUUACUUUUUAUAGAUUAACCAUUUGGGGCUGGAAUGAGUAAGGCUGAAAAAGAAAAUAUUGUAACAAAUAGUGAUUAAGCAGCUAAAUAUUUUGUAGAUACAAUUAAGUACAUCUAUUCAAGACUAAAUGGUUUAGAUAAAGUGAAUACUUAUAUAUUUGGAGAGAGUUAUGCUGGACAUUACAUACCAGCAUUUGCUACAAAAUUAAUUCAAGAAGAUAUAAAGACUUUGGAGAAAAUUAAUUUUAAGGGAAUAGCUAUAAUUGAUGGAAUUACUGAUACUCAAAAUCAAUUAAAUUAUUAUCAUAGUUACUUGUUUAAUAUAGGUGCUAUUUCUUAAGUCGAUUUAGAAAAACUAUAGAAGAUUGGUGUUACUGGUUAAUAAUAUAUUAUGAAUGGAGAUUAUGUAAAAGGAGCAGAAUAAUUAGAUUUAAUGACAGAAGAUAAAUUGAUUUAGUAAAUUGGAGAUAUAAAUGUUUAUAAUAUUCGAAAAUAUAAAGGAUUAGAUGAAUAUGAUUAUUCCUGGGUUGAUUUUUUAAAUACCUAUAUUACACAGUUUUCAUCUGAAAUUACUAAAUUUGAAAAAUCAAAUUAGAAUAUUUACAAAGCCUUCUAAUAAGAUAUUGGUGAAAGUAGACGAUAAGAUAUUUAAUUAUUGUUGAAAAAUAACUAUAAGGUGUUAUUGUUGAACGGAUAACUAGAUUAUAUUAUUAAUACACCAGGAGCAUGGAAUUGGAUUUAUUAACUCAAAUGGGAUUAUCAUUAUUAAUGGAAAAACACAGAAAAAUAAUUUAUUACUUUUCCAGUAGAAGGAUAAGCAACAAAAUUUGAAACUCAUGGAUAUGUCAAAACAUACGAGAACUUUUCAUAUGCCACUAUUUAUAAGGCUGGUCAUAUGAUACCAACAGAUAACCCUAAAGCAGUUUAUUCUGUUAUUGAGAAAUUUAUAAAGUGAUU